AUGAAGGUGAAGAACACGCUUUUCAUCUUCGGGUCAGGCGAGUGCGGCCAGCUGCCGCCCGAGUACUGCGCGGACUACGUGCAGGUGAACCCGACGGCCGUGCGAAACCUCCCAAACGAUAUCGACCAAGUGGUUUGCGGAUCCAUGCACACAAUUAUCAAGACGAAGGAUGACAGACUGUUCUCCUUUGGGUGUAACGACAUGGGCGUUCUCGGCCGAAAGACCCAUUCCAACAGCACAAAGGAUCCUGAGCAUUCUCCAACCUUACUGAACUGGACCUGUAAAUCGAAGAUUAAAAAAAUCAGCUGCGGUGAUAACCACACAGCGGUUUUGUUAGAAAAUGGAAAGGUCUACAUUACGGGGGGGUUUAGAGACUCUUGUGGGAUUCUGGGCCUUCCGUCUUUCCAGACAAGGGGCGAAAUAAUACCCAAAUCGGAGGAGUUCGUGGAAGUAAAAUUUUCCUACGCCCUUGGUGGGGACGUCUCGCAUUAUUACGAUGAAGAGGUGGAAAAAUCAAACCAGGGAGAGGUCAUCAUAAGUAAUAUCAUAUCGGGAGAAGACCACCUCGUGUGUCUGGAACAAAGCGGAGAAUACAUUUAUACCAUGGGAAACAGUGACUCAUGUCAAGUGUGCAACACGUUCUAUGACAUAGAAUUCGCCUCAGAAGUCAGGAACAGAUAUAUCUUCCCCAAUCGCUACCACUUCAAAGAUCUCGGAUUUUCCUCAAAGUUUAGGGACAUAUACUGUGGUGGGAACAACACGUUUGUUCAGUUAGAAGCAUCUCUCGAUGUGUACGCAAUCGGGAGGAAUGCAUACGGAUCAUGUGGGGUCUCGAUGAGAGAUAACAUCAUAAAAAAGUUCUGCAAAAUUGAUGAGCUCUCUUCCAAAGAGAUAGCACAACUUUGUGGUGGACAAAGCUUUACCGUUUGUCUACUUAAAAAUAAUGACCUGUACAUUUGGGGCAACCGAGAGAUAUUGGGGAUGGAAUAUGAGGAGGACGCAUACUCUCCUCAGGAGUUAACCUACUUUAAAAAAAGACAAGAUGUCAUUAAAACGAUUUCUUGCGGAACAGACCACUGCCUCGUGUUGACGGAGAGUGGGAAACUCUUCGGGUGGGGCACGGGAGGAAAUGACUUCGAAGAAGACACAUGCAUCGCUGUCAUCGAGAAGAAUCAGCCCUCCGAAAUUGGCUUCCACAACUUUGUUACCAAAACGUUUAGCAAAGGUAGGAAAGAGAGCGAAGUAUCAAUCAGCCAUGUUCAAAUUGUCUCCUUCGCAGGGGGAUCAUCCCACUGUGCUUUUAUUACAUCCCAUGUGGACUCGGAGAGGAUGUCUCAUAAGAGAGGUCACGAUGAAAUCUACGAGGAGGAAGACAUGUUCGUGAAAAAACACAGAAGGGAGAACUUCCUCCAGAUGGAAAUCGAUGGGAUGCAAGGGAAGAAGCUACAUGAGAUAGAUGAGCAAGAUGAGGAGGAUGCCUAUCUCAAACAUCCCACCAACGAACACGGUACAGACUCCAUCCUUAUGGAGAAACCGGACAAGGUAGAAAUUAGCCAAAACAAGAAAGGAAGCUUCUUCAAAGACCUCUUCUACAACCCCCACACACCAGUCAAUAGUAAGUACUAUGUGCAGUCAAAGGAUUUAGAAAAUCUCGAUAGCGAUCUUCUAGGCACCGUGGAGAAGACCACUGUCAGCAGAGAUUCACACAAAAGGAGAAGAAGCGUUAAGAGUAAACCCUACUUAAGCAAUGAAAGUCCUACCAGGAGACAACCAAGGAGGUCUUGCAAAGAAAACAUCAACCUGAGUGAAAAGGCUCAUAGGCAAUUCUACCAAAUUGUCGACACAACUAUAUCGAAGAAGAAACGGAAAACCACACCUUCUUCCAUGAGGAGCACGAACGUGAAGAUGCGGGGGGCUUCAUCCGAGAGGACGCACAAAUCUAGGUCCGUUGGUGCGAAGAGAGAAAGCGUCGGAAGGUCCUACUCUAAGGGAGACAACUCCAAACGUGAAUCCGCCUCGCAGACCCCAGAUGCGAAGGUUGUCCGAGGAAAAUCGUCCAAAAUGAAGAAUUAG